AUGGCACACUCCAGCAGCAACAGCGUUCAGUACACCCAGUUUCCAACAUAUCGAAGAAGCUUACUCUUCCGGCCUAGCAUGACACACUCAUUCACCGAAAGUGAUCUUGGCCACUCCAGCACGCAGGCAGGCCACCCGUUCCAAACCCAAUCCAAGCGGAAGCCGACUCUGCUGCAUCCAAGCCUCCAGCGGACUCCACUCAAGCCUUGUCUCUCCUCACAAUCAUCCACCCCGUCAUCAAUCUCGCGACAAUCGAAGAUCAAGGAUUCGGAGAGUCGACUCAGAAAACAACUCUCAGACCUCGAAAGCAGGCUCGAUGACUUGCAAUUCUCUCGCGCCGCAAUCAAGUCAUCCUCACCUUCAACCUCUCUCUCCUCUCUCUUCUUACCCCAACCCAGCAGAAAACCUUCAACCCUUUCAGUCGGCCCGUCUCCAGAGAGUAAGCAGCCAAGAUUCGAUAACCAGAUCCUCGGCAUCUUCCUCAAAAACAACGGCGGCUACCUUGACGACUCUGACAGCUCGGACGACGAGGGCGACGCUUCUCACCAGCCUCCAAGACUCUUUUAUCAUCCAGCGUCCUUGAGUCCUCUAGCCGGAAAGACCAAGCAGAAGAUUACCGCAAGCAGUCAUAAUGACCACGCCACCAAGCCACGAUCGCCCCGGCAAAAGCCCGUCAAAGACGCCCCACAAAGACGAUCUCUAUCGAUGAACGUACUCUAA